AUGGGAUUUUCCUCUUCCAACGAGCUGGUUGACAGACACAGCGCUACAUGCAGAAAAAAUGCUUCACUGCAAGUGGAUCUAGAUUGGAAUGAUAACCCAUUUCGAAACCUCCAUCCUAAGAUGUACUUAAGACAGAAAAAAGUGUCCAGCAAAAUUAUAAAGGAUAGUCACAACGAAUUUAAAACAGAUAUGAAGUCCAGCGUUCUCUUGGGCCGGAAUGCAAAGAACAAUUUAGAUUGCCAAACCAAACUGGGAAAACCAACAAAACAAAUUCUUCAGAACGCUGCCAAGAAACAUCCGCUUAGCGCCGAGAAAAUGUUGGAUGGAGAUUAUUAUUUGAAAAAUCAGGACGAAGUAACGUAUAUAAACCGGAGAAACAUUUCAGUAUCAAAGAAACGCGAGCUUGAUAAAGGAACGCACUCGUUGCCCGUUAUUGUCACACCCAAGAAGGCGAACAGAGAAAACAAAGAAUCAUUAAGCGAACUUAGCAAAACUUUGCGCGAAAGUAAUACGAACUACUUGCCUCGGAUACGGUAUGCAAGUUUUCUUUCUCUUGUCUAUGAAGAGGAAAAGAAAAUGGAAAGACAAUGGGAAGAGAGAGCUCGAUACACUGCUAAAUCAACAUCAACCUGUGGGCCGCAGAUAAAUGAAAGUUCAGUUACCUGUGAAACGGAAAGUGACAAUUACUUAAAGAGUGCAAGUGAUUUGAAAGGUUUUAAAGGAAUAGAACAUUCGGACGUCGGAAAGGAACGCUUGAAUGCAGUUGACAUUGGUAGUCGGAACUUAACGGACCAUCAGUCGUCUUUAAAAACAGUCCAUAAAUGCAACACUAGCAAAGGAGUGGAUAGUGAUAUUAAUAUGGUUUUAAGGGCUAAACUUCAUCGAUCAAGUUUUAGUUAUCAGUUAUAG